UGAUUGGUUCGAGGCGGUCCUCUCGUACGCUCAGUCGGCAUUGCGUUUUCUUUGUGACAGCAAGUAAACCAGUUCAUGUCCUGUGAAACAGGAGCAGUAUCAUAAAAUUUUAACCCGGUAUCGUUCAGCUUUCCGUUGCUAUGGACGUCUUCCUGUCCUGGCUGUUCUCCUCGGAGGAGCAGGAGCUGUAUAUUUUAGACUGCAUGGCUUACUUCAUGUAUUUCAUGGCAGCCUUCACAUUCGUUAGUUUACUUUUCCAAAACGUCCCAUACGGAAGGUAUGCUUCGAGCAAAUAUGGGUUUCCUGUUAAUGUGAAGUUUGCCUGGUUCAUUCAGGAGCUGCCCUCCUUAUUGUUGCCUCUGUGUUUGGUGUUUUGGACAUCUUCCUCUAAAACGUCUCUAUUACCCAAUCAGCUCCUCAUUGGUAUGUUCCUCUGUCACUACGUUCAAAGAACCCUUAUUUAUCCAUUUUUAAUUCGAGGGGGUAAAGCAACACCGUUCGCCUCAUUCGCCCUGGCCUUUGCCUUCUGCGUUUACAAUGGUUACAUGCAGGUUCGAUACCUGAGUCACUAUGCAGAGUACCCUGCAGACUGGGUUACACAUCCACGCUUCAUCACAGGUUCUGCUCUUUGGCUGAUUGGCUGGCUGAUGAACAUCCACUCUGACCACAUCCUGAGGAGCCUGAGGAAACCCGGCGAGACGGGUUACAAGAUCCCGCGAGGCGGAAUGUUUGAGUUCGUGUCCGGAGCCAACUUCUUGGGAGAGAUAACCGAGUGGGCCGGCUUCGCUCUGGCGGGCCGCUCGGCUCACAGUGCAGCCUUCUCCGUCUUCACCACAGCGGUCCUCGCCAACAGGGCUGUGGCCCACCACAAAUGGUACCUUGCUAAGUUUGAAGACUAUCCCAAAAGCAGGAAGGCACUGAUUCCCUUUGUGUUCUAGAAAGCUGCAGAGCCGCCCCAGAAAGAUACGUUACGGAACAAAAACGCAACAAACUUCCAGAAAACCGCAAAACAGCUGAAACACUGAGCUCUUCUAAAUCAAGACUAAAAAAAAACCCCACCCGUUCAGAGUGGCUUUCCACCCAUAAUCACUGGGACGUUGACCAACACACACGAUGCGUAUUGAUGAUUUUGACGAAGGCACUCGACAAAACUUAAUGUUUACCAGUUUCUCAAUUGAUGUCUGUAUGAUGUUUUUUAUGGAUUUGUGUUUUCAUGAUGGAAAGCGCUUUGGACUGCCUUGUUGCUGAAAUGUGCUAUGCAAAUAAACUUGAUUGAAAGUACACUUCUUUAUGUGAGCGGUGUCCUGAAGAAGCGUCUUACAAACGGGAAUGUUUCUCAAAAGCAGCAUUUGUGUUUGUGGGGCUAUAAUUGCUGCGGCACACACUCACAGCCAUAUAGUUGUAUAAAAAAGAAGUAGUAAAUGGUUCUAAUUGUUACUUUUCUAAUUGUAGUACAGUCACAAUACUACAAGAAAAUACUGUGAUAUUGUCAAAGAUUUAAGAAGGGCACUUUUUUUGUCCAUAGGAACAAAACAGCAGGUGCUCCAGAACCUCCUAGUGUCUGAUCUGUGCAUGCAUCUGAUGGAGAAAUUUCAAAUCUGGUCUUCCUGCUUCAUUUUGGUCUGUUUAUCAUUAAAGAAAUCUAAAAACCAGACAGAGGAGUCUUUGCGGUAACAGCAAAGCCUGAUACUUUUAUCCGGCUUCAAUUUGGAAAUCACGCGCCUCCUCUCAAUAACUCACCCAAGCCUGAAACGAGGAGAUGAGAGUCCUGCCUGAGCACCGCCGUGGGGAUUCUCCACCAAUCAAUGAAGAAGAGGAACUCACUGAUAAACGUGGAUGGCAAGUCAACGCCACAUGGGGAACGCACAGAGCUUAAAAAGACAAAAACUCUAAGAAAAUAUACAAGUGGAAAAGUUAGUAUUGAUUUGAAUGUUGUGUAGCUUCAGGUGUUGUUUUGUGGUGACUGUUACUAUGAGUAAAGUUUUUUUUUUCUGAGUGAGAACUGUAAUAGAUUCAUAAUGGGAUGAAAUGUUAUUCAAGUGCCAUUAAUUCUCCUCUUUUUUUUAUGAAAACAAACAUGUUCAAGAAGCAUUUUCCUUUCACUUUUUACAAUUGUACACAACUUAGUGCUGUUCUGUCACAUAAAAUCCCAAUAAAUUGAUUUUUUUUA